CGGGCUCUAUUAUAGUUUUUACUCACAAAACUCGAACGGAUGGAAAAAGAAGCUGACAACGCAUUUUGGUUGCUCCGGCGUUUCAGCAAAAUUAGUGCAUAAAAUGCCUCUGUUCGCAAAAUUACUGCUCUUAAUCCUUCUCGUCGCCGUCCAAGUUCACCAAGACAACAGUGCAAUAGAAAGGCGAGCAUUUAGUAAAAAAAACGCAGGGAAACGUCCGCAGAUAAUCAAAUGCUGUGGCUUAAAAAGGUGUUCUGUUGCAAUUGGUCAGGCCAAGACUCGCUCCAAGAACACUCAGAUAAUGGGAGCUAAUUCGACGACAAGAAGUCGUGAAACUAGUACAACAAUUACUUCUUUGGGGGAAUUAACGAGCACGCAGACUGACAUUUCUGACAAAACUUCUGAUUUUCUGAAUUCACCGCUAUCGACAAAGGGUGACAUGCAAACUUCUAAUACAAUAGACGCACAGAUCCCCGAAAUUUCGACAACCUCAGAAAUUCCUGAAUUGGUUCCAACCGCAAAACCGUCCGCUGAUAUGGAAACAACAACUUCAUCAUUUGUCGCAACAUCAGAACCUAACAUUGGGACAGAAACUAUCACUGAAACGAGAAUUCCUCCUAAAUUGAGCACCCAGUUAUCUGAAUCUUCGGACACAACCUUGAAAGCAGACUCAACGCUAAUCACAGAUUCAUCAGCACUGACAACACUUUCAACUACGAAAGCAAUUGAAAAAACUUCAACCAAAAUGGCCACAACAACAACAACCAUCGACCCAGCACUGGUAGGAAAAUGCAAAACGGAAACAAAUGCCGCUGUUAACCGAUCAUUAUUUUUAACCAAUGGCGAACUUGCGGAUCCAGACUUGCACGGUUUCUGGUUGAACGCGUGCGGCCAAACUUUUUUGUUAGGAAAAGCUCUGGGCACUUGGCACGAAAAUUCAGACAAAUGUUUCAGCCUCAAAAUGCAGCCUUUCGGCAUUGAGAGCAGAGAGAAACUCGAGUGCAUGAAAACUCAAGCCAAGGGCUGGAAGUUCAACAUGAAUUACUGGACGGGCGGCGCGAGGGACCUGACGAGCGGCACCUUCGGUUGGUGCUCAGCACACGGCCCUACGCCCUGGCAGGAUGUCCUGCCUCUGGUCAACCUCAACAAGGACAAGAACUGUGUCCAGAUGCAAAUCAACAAAACGAGCGGCUCCGUUUCAAUCAGCGAAAGGCGGUGCUCGGACAAAACCAUUUACGCUUGCCAGGGACCGCCGACGAAGGGUCCCAAAUGCACCAGUCCUGUUUGCCCAAAUGUCACCUGCCAGAGAGACCCCCAGCUUUUCACCACAUCUCCUGGAGACAAAUCAACUAUCCUAAAAAAUCAUUCUCUUCACGGGAAAUGGUUUUUGCACAAACUGCGGAACUACCUCUUCAGUUUUGAAAAUGACACAAGAACGUACUUGGAAGCGACUAAGGCCUGCUGUGCCCUGGGCAUGUCUCUGCUGAGUUUAGAUGGGCAGCACAAGUACGACGCUAUGGCCAUAAUUAGCAACACGACCGAAAUGAUCAAAGAGCUUCAAAAUUUGACCUUCUGGACUUCUGGUUCUGACGAGGGCUGCGAGUCGGUUUUCGGAUUUUGUUCGGCCAAAAGGUUGUUCCGGGGCGAGGAAAAGUGGUUGCCGGGACAGCCGGACAACGCCGGAAGAAAGGAGAACCACGUGGCCGUUCACAUUUGGCGCCAGAAGGGACAAGUGCUUCUUGCCGACUACGACGGAAUAAAAAAGUUCAGAUACGUCUGCGAGCAAAGACGGAACCCGCUGUCAAAGAAUGGAAAGCAGGCGAUCAUUGAUGAAUGUUCGCUCAUUUACAACGUCAAUUCAACCGAAAUCGAUUUACUACAGAAUGCGACAAAAUUGGAUUUGCGGAUGAAAUGCUUUUUGCAAUGUGUUGGGGACGCUGUCGGACUGCUGGUUGGUGGGAAGUUUGUGGCGAGCGAGGUGUUCGCAAUGCUCGAGAGUAUGAAUUUUCAAAACGCGGCCGACCUGAUGAAAAAUAUGGCCAUCAUGGACGAGUGCAACAACAAAACUUAUGGAAUGGACGAGUGCGACAAGGCGUAUCAAUUGACCAAGUGCGCCAGGGACAAGGCGCCGGCGGUUUUCGACCAAAUGAUCACAAACCUGGACAAUCUUACGUCAGAUAGUUUGGAAGUGUCGUCCCGGUCAUCUGGUUGCGUUUAUUGCAAUGUUGAUAUGGCGGCGAGGAGCAAUUUAUCUUUGAUUAAUAUUACAAUGAACGCGUCGAGUUGCAUGGGCUUCACCAACGGGACGCAAAUUUGCAAAUGCAGCGACUCAAAGAUGUAUAUUAUUUUUUUCUCGAAUUAUUUUACAUUUCCUUACGUUGAAGCGGUGAAAAAAUGUUGCGAGUAUGGAAUGCGGUUGGUUUCGCCGUUGAAUUACGCCAAAGCUAUGAAUUGUAUUAGAGUCUUGCUUGCAAACGGAAACUAUGGACCACGUUGUUGGGCGGUCACCAAUGCGAUGUUGGUGGACGUGACCAGUGGACUCAGCUUCGACUGCGAAAGCCAAACGUCUUUUUUCCCGCAAAAAUUAAACCCGAGUCAGAAACAAAUGUUUGAUCCGAACAAAGCCUACGACGGUGGACCGCUCGCCGUUUUUUUGUCUCAUUACAGUGGACGGCCGGAAUUUUCCCCCGCUUCAGUGAAUGAUAUCAACCCUUUCAUAUGUGAGGCAUUUUGAAUUUUGAGUUUGUGCACAAGGAAAAUAAAUUGUUUGAAAUUAUUAAAUAAUUUUGAAUAACUCUCAAGAGAUUUCCAGCUGCUCUGAUUACUGGAUAA